GAAGACUUAACACAGGCAGAGUGGAGCUGGCGGUCACAGUUGUGUCCUGGAUUGUAGCGGUGAGAGAAACAGAGAGAGAGCAGCCUGUGAACCCCCCACCAUGGAUGUCAAACUGCUGGCACUGAUGGCUCUACUGGCUGUGGCCACACGCAUACCAGCAUCUAACGCGAAGCCCAUCAGUCUGGUUGAGCGUUGCUGGUGUCGUUCCACUCUCAACACGGUUCCUCAGCGCUCCAUCAAAGAGCUCAAGUUCCUCCACACGCCCAACUGCCCCUUCCAAGUCAUUGCCAAGCUGAAGAACAACAGGGAAGUCUGCAUCAACCCAGAGACCAAGUGGCUGCAGCAGUACUUAAAGAACGCCAUUAACAAGUGCUGAGAAUGGGAGUCAUGAAUGUACAAAAGUGAAGAAAUCCAGAAGACGCAGUACCAAGAAAGACUAAACCCAAGAGAAGAUGCAUGUCAUCAGGCCUUGUUAUACCUCCCUGUCACUGCUAUGGAUGUAUGUAAACACUCUGCAUGUACCUGUCCACCUCUCUGGACCACUAGCAGAACCAGCACUUCACUACCAGCACCACCACUGAUCCCUCUGGACACUCACACAGUCACCAUGUUAGCACCAAGUGCAAUUACACUUUGAAAUGAUGCAAAGAUAUGUACAUAUGUGUGUGUGUGUGUGAGUGUGUGAGUGUGUGCUGAGUAAGUGGCAUGAGUGAGAAAGCGAGAGUGUGUGUGUAUGAAUGUGCUUCACAUAAACUAAUUCUGACUAACUGUGUCUGAACAUAGGAUUUGUUGCUUCACACCACUAUAAAGGAACAAACUGAGCUUUCUGUUUCACAAACACAGUUUUGUGGGUCCCGUUGGCUUCACUUCCUAUCAAUGUAAGGUCAUGACCCAAAUCUGGUUUGGCAAACUGAAGAGACCCCAAAAUGAAUAUGAUCAGUUAUUUUUACAACAGACCAUGUACUUUUAACACUAUUUUUAAAAAGUUAAUUCUACAUUUUAUUGCUGAUGUUAUGCUCAUUAAAACAAUAUUUGGGAUGGGGGUGUUAUGAGAAAAGCUCGCUUCACCACUUUCUGGGACAAAUCCAGAGAUGAGGCCAGUGGGGUUAGGCCAAAGUAUCACGAGCCUUGCACUGUCUUUGAACUCACUGCAAAACACAACAGAGAGGAAGCUCACACAAACGAUGUAGACACAAGCACUGAUAUCAUGGUGCUAUAUAUUCAGUAUAAGGGGUAAGAGCCAUUAACAGAUUUGUAUUUCACUGUUUAUUUUGUGAACUCUGUAUGAUACACUAUAUUUUUACCUGUUACAAAAAAGGGCUGUUGUUGGAGUGUAAAGUGAAAAAUGAAAUGAAACGCUGAGGUUAUGCUAAGGCCAUACUGUGCUGACAAAGAAAUGGAAUAAACCCUUCUCAGUGCAGCUUUUUUAUUGAUCAAUAUAUCAGGAAACAGAGACUAAAUAUUUGUACAGUCAAAGGUGAAAAAUGAAGAAACCUGUGAACAUUAAAAUCUUGAUUUUAUAUUUCAUUUAUUGUUAGUAAAAGGGUAGAAAACAUCAUAAUUCCAAAAGCAGUUUUUUUUGUUUGUUUUUUUUUUACUACUUAUUACAGUGGCUGAGUAAAUGUAUGUCAUGACAACUGAACAAAUUAGCUGCAGUGUUUUCAUACCAACACCGGCCCUUUUUAGGAACGAAAAGCUAAUAAAUAUUCACACGAAAGAGCAGAGUGAUGAACGUCACAAAGGAAAUGUUCACAGUGGCAAAAUGAAAGUUUGUGAUCUGUUCACUUUUUUUAUAUCUAUUUGAGCCACUUUAUUGUUAGACAUGUGUUUUGUAUGUAAUUGUUUUAUUUCUAUAUUGUGUAUUAUCUUACUAAAUGCCUUUUUAAUGCAAUGUACAGUAAGCAGUCACUACUAAAUGAAGGCUAUUCCUUAAAGUGUGAGAACCAGUAUUACAUUUCACUUUUAAAAAUGCAUGCAAUAUUUUACAUAACCUAGUAAUACACAGAAUGCAACAGGUUCCUUUUCCAGUGGAAUAAUACAUCUUUUGCCAUGUGGAUAAAAAAAAAAGUGCCAGAUGAGAUACAUUUCAUCCUUUUGGUUUGUUGUCCUCUCCACAUUGUUUCCUUAUCAGCCAGUCUGAGAUGUAACAUGCACACAGUGUUUGAAAAUUAAAACCCUUGACACCAAGUGAAGAAACUAUCGGUCGUCCCAGCCGAACACUAACUUCAGUUUUUCUAUAGCUGUACUGAGGUUGAUGUAUGAUGUGUCGACAGGGCCACUGAAUCAGAACAGAACUAAAUCUCUGAGUUGAAAUCCAAGCGCCCAACAUGUGCUUUCAAUCUGGACACUCCCUGUGCCCCACGGGCCUCCGCCUCAGUUGCUCUCAGCUGCUGCGCUGCCGUAACACUAGAGCUCCUUCUUUUCCCUAACAUUCUAAAGGAAGCCCUGGGGUUGUGGUCACCGUCUGAUCGUGUUUAGUUCUACACGAUCUAUUUGUUAACUGUCUGCUAACAGGUGAUAAUCUUAUCAAUUUACAGCUAGUAGUGUAAAAACCCUGUAACUGUAAUUAAUGUCUCAUUAAUGUAAUAGAAGUUCAUGGAUACUAAUUUUAUAUAUAUAUAUACAAAUGUUUCAAACACAUUGAUAAACAAGCUUAAAUGCUAUGUUACAAUGUUACUGGUCAUGUAAACCGCCUCUCCAUUCCUAGAUUAGAUUAUUAACAUUAAAAAGAAGAUUGUGUUGUUACUACUGUAAACUUCAGACUUUCUAAUAAUGUGAUAAAUAUCUUGAGAGCAGGAAAAAUAAUAUCGCAUCACCUGUAGUGAAAUGCUAUUACAAUAAUGGGGUUUGAGUUGUGCGAAUUCGAUUCAUUUUGUAACAAGUAUUUAGCUUUAUUUAACAGACUUUUUAUGUGUAUUUAUGUAUAGUACUGCAGGCCCUAUUUAACCCUGGCAGUGUUAGCACCGCUCUCAUCAGACCAUCACUGUAGACAACAUUUGGUAUGAUUAAACAAUGUCAGCCAAAUAUAAACACACCUUUAUCAUGGUGCAUAUUUGGCACCAGAGCUUUUACAAUAAAUCUGUGUAAAAGUGUUUAAUAAAUUCAUCAUCAUGGGUGUGCAUGUUCUGCUUUUUGACCCCAAAACAAUGUGAAACAACUUUAUUCUUUUGAGGCAGCUUGUGACGCAUUAUCUUCAUAUACAUGAGAUGUAUUAGAGCAUUAGCCACUGUAUUGUCACCGUGUAAACAAAGAGGCAGUAUUUUAGCUCAAGCCUUUUUUCAAU